CGCCGACUGUCCCGCUUGUCAGUUGCGCCGAGCUCGCUGUCAUCGACUUGCUGAUAAUCUUGCUGCCUUCCAGCAUCUUCCGUGCCUGCGUGUCUGGGAAGGCUGGUGGGCGUUGCAUAUCAUUCAUGCGCGAUGGAUGACGGGCGAUGAACGUGAAGAUCCAACUCGGUCCCUACUUUUGAAUAUCCACAUCUACCGGAUAGUUUGCCCUUGCUGCAAUGGAUUCCGAUGAGGCCCCUCCUCCGCCAUACUCGAGGGUCGACCCGUUACUGGCCCAAGACAACAACAGUAAUGCCGCUGCCGCCGCGGAGGUGAACCGUGUGCUGCUUCGUCUGCGUGGAGGAGAGGCGGCUCUGGGGGGCACACCGUCGAGUCCGUCGUCCAGCUCCGUGGGGGGUGAUCCUCUAUCGUCUUCCGCCGUGCCCGCCCACUUCAUUUCCGCCGCGGGAUACUUUGUGGAGAGGCCGCCUCCUACUUCGAGCCAGGAGGGGCAGAUCGUGGAUCAUUGCGUUGCCAUCUACCCACGGAGUCAGGCGAAGGAUUUCCCGCGUCGUCCGCGAUGUUGGAACUCUCGCACUCAAGACAUCACCCAGCAGGACUGGGAUGUUUUCCUCAGACACUUAUUUCCCCCACAACUAGGUCUGGCAUCUACCUCGAACCAACUGCCCCGUCAACUGAGAGCGGAAAUCCAGCGAGACCGCAAGGACCGGCCACAGGAGACAGACGAUGAGCGGAAGCGACGGGUUGCUGCGGUCAUCAUGGAAUGGAACCAGUACUUUUUCGAACCCCGCUCGGCUCGCGUCAUGUAUGUGUAUGUGCUGGACCCGCAGAAUGCGCCACGAUCGUCCCUCUGUCCCCGGUGCUACCCUGCUGCUACGAAAGCUACACGCGAGACGCGGGAGAAUCGAGUCGCCCCAGCGUCCGACGCCGGUCGAGGUCGCUCGCAACCGUCCCCAUCUACCGUACCACCAGCUGCUGAGCCGCAUGCACCCCCAGCAAACCCCGUUCCUGCUCCAGUACCCUAUGCCUAUCCCGCCUAUCCUGCACCUCCUACUCCUUACGCACCCUAUGGGCCGCCUGCCGUAUACAAUCCAACGGUCUAUCCGGCUCAUGUAUAUCCAUAUCCUACUCAACAGCCACCACCGCCACCCGCACCGUAUCCCCAACCACCUCCCUGGGGUUGGAGCGCGCCCCCGUAUGGGACGCCAUACCAGGAUACCAGCACAACGAAGGGUGGUCCCCUGGGUUGGAUCGCAUCCUUGGCCUCUCAGGCACAAAAGUACGGAGAGCGCUUCACGGAGCAAGCUCAGUUAUACGGCGACCAGAUCAGUGCACAGGCCCAGCACUAUGGGAGGCAGGUGGAGGAACAGGCGUUUGGUCACAGCCGCUGGAUCGAGGAGCAGGCCAGCUAUCAAGGACGGAAGAUGGAGGAUGCCUUUACGGGCUUCGUCAAUCCGUCUCGCGAUGAUUGGAUCGCGAAUCAACUUCCUAAGCCAGGAUACCCGCAGACCACUCCGGUUUAUGCCUCUGCGGCUGCAACUCCUCCGACUGUGACCCCUCAACGAGCCAUGACAGCUCCAUCGGAACGUCCUCGUCGGGCUUCGAUGGACUCGGAGGCAUCCGACCUGUCGUUCUCCUCGAUUGAUUCCUUGUCGACGACAUCUGAUCUCAGCGCCUCGGAUCUGACCACCGUCCGCGCACAACUUUUGUCUCUGAACGACCAUCAUGAUCGAGAGCUCUACGAAGCGGCCGUGGGUCUGCGUCGACAGCUGGACCUCGUGCAGCAAUCCCGACGACAGAGCCGCGCCUCCGGACGGAGCGGCUGGCGGCACGGAUGGAGACGAUGGGAAUCGCCACACGAGCAGCACCAGAAGGAGACGGACAAGCGGAUUGUCAAAGAAGAGACGCGGGCUACCCGGAAGGCCUUCCGAGAUGUGCUCCGCCGUGCUCGAGAAGAGCAGCGCGAGAAACGGCGGCUCAAACGCAGCCGCCGGCGCCAGGAGCAACGAGCCCGACAGAUGCAAGGGGCUACAGAGGUGCCGUUGGAGCACCACAUGCAACGUCUGGAGCUGGACACGCAUCGCGAGAGCCAGUCUACAGUGCAGUCGUUUACAUCCAUUCCAUCCCCGGCGCGAUCUUUAGCAGAAUCCGAAAUCAGUGAGAUUAGCUCGAUCAGCACGCCGAGCACGAAGUCUUCGCGGGGCGGGGAGAAGAUGGCCGGUAAAGGUGAAAAGAGUGAAAAAGGGGAGAAAUCGGGCUUAGAGAAACCGAGCAAAGAUUCAGAGAAGGACCCUCGAGGGCCACGGCGCAAUUAGCUUAACUUAUUCCACGAACGAUGCAUGAUCACAGCGGUGUUAUUCAGUGAGAUUGGAUUGGGUUUCAUGUAUUACUGUCAUUAUCCGGCGUCUUGUAUACAGGUAAUUAGCAUGCCUAUCAUCCAUGAGUGAUGUUCAUCCAAAACCUUACGCUCACACCCACUAGCCGAUACACUCAGUUCAUAUACGAUCUACUCUACCGU